AUAGUAAAUCAAUGUUAAUACCUGAAAUCUGAGUGUAAGCUACAACUAACAUUCUUAGUUAGGCUUGACAGAUAAUUUGGCUCAAAUUUAUUACCAAAGUUAUCGUACUGUUUCCUAGCAAUUGCCAAAAUGAGGACUUGCUUAUGAUAUUCCGUGCAUAAAGUAAGACACAGACAGUGCUUCAGUGCAUUAAGACUAUGCUUAAAUGACAGCGGUCAGAGUUGAAGCAGCCGCUCUUACAAACUGGUGUCGAAGCAGCAGGAGUGUUUUGUCGGGCAUCGAGUCUGGCUGUUAUGAGCAGACAAGAAGGACUGUGGCAGAUAAGCUGUUGAGCUUGCCGAAUGAGAAGCAUGAGCAAACAAACGCUGCGUUUUUCCUAGAAGUCACCGCAAAGAACGAAGGGCCUCGUCUCAGUCUUACUCCGCCGGGUUUUUUUUUUUUUUUUGUUGUUGUUUUUUUUGACACGCCCACUCAGGAGAGAUCCAGGAAGAGCUCACCGCUGUGUUAGCGGGAAGAGCCGUUCCCAUUGAGCUGUUUUACAGCAGCAGACAGAGAGCUGAUGGUUGUCUGCUGUAGCCGACAUAACGCAUAACGGACUACCUGACACAGAGGAAACUGCGCUCCAUGAAGACCUGACCCCGGAGAAAAGCGACAAAAGAAAUCGGCUGUGGCCCAUCACCCAAAAGGCAAGGGAGGAGAAAAAGAUCGCACAUUUCGUCGGAGCGAGAGCCUUAGCUCAAAGCAAAGAAAUAUUCUAACGGAUGUGUUUGUUGUUCGCCCACUUUUAAAGGGAGAAUAGCUACGCUUUGUUUCAUCCAAUUUAAGAGGAGUUAAGUCACUGUUUAGACUUUUUUCCCCCCGAUUGUUCCUGUUAAACAUUUCUACUUGAAAAUUUAUUUCAGUUAACGCUCGAGGCUUACUACAGGAAAUACAGUUUUUCUUUACGCAAAAAAAACUUUGAUGCAGACUUUUGAUUGGUUCAGGAAUCCCAUUCCACUAAUGAAGAUUACAACUUCUGGAAAUCGCAAAGGGGCGAGGAUUUAUGGAUGUCCCAUGGAAACAGCCAUUCAGCUGGAACUCUAACUCUUGUAUUAUGUUUCUGGUCAAUUUGACCCGAUUUCAGUUUUUGUGCUGAUCAAAGUGCCUGGUUAUCCUAUAUUAAAAAAAAAGUAUUUUUGAUGUACUUUAUUUUACUUCUGAAGAGCCAUUCAGAACCAGGUGUGUGUGAAAGAGGGACUUUCUCGCCACUGUCCUGUUUUCAUGCCCUUUCUUUGAGAAAUAGACCAAAAAAUGAGCUCCAUGCGAUUCAUAGCUGAAGAAGCUUUAUCACAGCUUAUGUACUGGGGUAGUGAUGUAGAGGAAGCGAUUUCAGAGACUGAGGAUGCUUCAGAGCCAGAGGACAAUGUCAUUGAUGAUUGUCAAUUUUCCCAUGAUGACGAGGAUUCAGAGGACGAGUCUGCCAGUGUCCCUUCAUCAAAUGAAAACCAAGAAACGCAAAAAUUGCCAUCCACAGAGGGGACAUUGACAUCUAAAGAUGGUCAAAUAAAAUGGUCAACAUCACCACACCAAAGCCAAGCUAGAUUAUCAUCUUCUUAUGUCCUCAAAAUGACCCCUGGUCCUACAAGAUUCGCUUUGACAAGAGUUGAUGAUAUUGAAUCAGCAUUUCAGCUCUUCAUAUCCCCACCCAUAGAGAAGAUAAUCCUCGAUAUGACCAACUUGGAGGGGAGGCAUGUCUUUCAAGAAAAAUGGAAGCCACUGGAUCCAUCUGACUUGCAUGCUUACAUUGGAAUCCUGGUAUUAGCUGGAGUAUACAGGUCAAAGGGCGAAGCAACUGCAAGUUUAUGGAAUGAAGAGUACGGAAGACCAAUCUUCCGAGCAACAAUGUCUUUGGAGACAUUUCACAGGAUCUCUCGUGUGAUCCGAUUUGACAACCGUGACACCAGAGCUGGUCGAUGUGAGAAGGAUAAACUUGCAGCGAUCAGAGAUGUCUGGGAUAAAUGGGUCAAAAUUCUGCCAUUGUUGUACAAUCCUGGCCCACAUGUUACUGUUGGUGAGAGCCUCAUUCCAUUCAGAGGAUGCUGUCCUUUUCGACAGCAUGUGUCAAACAAGCCUGCAAAAUAUGGCAUCAAAAUAUGGGCAGCCUGCGAUGCAAAAUCCAGUUAUGCGUGGAACAUGCAAGUAUACACUGGGAAGCCACUUCAAGGACCACCUGAGAAGAAUCAGGGAAUGCGUGUGGUAUUGGAGAUGACUGAAGGGCUGCAGGGUCACAACAUUACAUGUGACAACUUCUUUACAUCCUAUCGGCUUGGAGUUGAACUUCAGAAGAGGAAGCUGACUAUGUUGGGGACAGUCAGAAAAAAUAAACCGGAACUUCCCAGUGAGAUUCUGAAGAUGCAAGGAAGACCUCUGCAUUCCUCAAAAUUUACUUUCACAGAGAAUACAACUCUUGUUUCUUACUGCCCAAAGAGAAACAAGAACAUUCUUGUGAUGAGCACAAUGCACAAAGAUGCAUCGCUAAGCACCAGAGAGGACAUGAUGCCGCAAAUGAUCCUGGAUUACAACUCCACCAAAGGAGGAGUUGACAAUCUUGACAAAGUCACAGCAACAUACAGCUGCCAGCGCAAGUCUACCCGUUGGCCGUUGGUGGUUUUCUACAACAUUGUGGACGUGUCUGCUUACAAUGCCUAUGUGCUGUGGAUUGAGAUCAACCAGCAUUGGAAUGCCAGCAAGUUGUACCGACGUCGAAUUUUCCUGGAAGAACUAGGCAAAGCACUUGUCACUCCCAAGAUCCAGAACCAGGCCAGGCCAGCUCGAUCUCCAGCUGCUGCAGCUGUCAUUGCAAAUGUCCAAGUCAGGGCAUCUGAUCAACCCACGAUGGAUCCUCUGGAUAAAUGUGCAAAAAAACGCAAAAGAUGCCAAAUCUGUCCCUCCCGAGAUGACAUUAAGACAAGUACCUCUUGUGUGAGAUGCAAGAAGUUCAUCUGCAGAAAGCACACAGUCACAUUCUGUCCAUCAUGUGGGGAAUACUGAAGAUGUCAAACAUUGAAAACCCCCCAAAAACGAGGCAAGUUAAACAGUUAACGAAAAAGUGUUAGUGAAAAAGGAAUAAUUAAAAUCAGAAGUUGCUUAGUAUAGUUUUGAAUAUUUAUUCUUCUUAUGUCUUCUAAGUGAUUGCAUAAUCUAAGAUAAAGUUAUUAUUGGGUUAAAUU